GGUCCGUGGCGGGGGCGCGGGCAAGUAUAAAAGGCGGCGAGAGACUGGUCCCGGCACAGUAGUCGCCAGCCGCUGACAUCACCACACCUCACAACAUGUACAAGCUGAUCGUCCUCGCCGCCGUGCUGGCCGUCGCCGCCGCCGCCCCCGGCUUCCUGGGCGCACCUGCUGUCGCCUACACCGCCCCCGCGGUGGCCGCCGCCCCCGUGGCCUACGCCGCCCCCGCUGUCGUCAAGGCCGCCGUCGCCGCCCCCGCUGUGGCCUACGCCGCCCCCGCUGUGGCCUACGCCGCCCCCGCUUACCACGCCCCUGUAGCCUACGCUGCAGCUCCCGCCAUCGUCAAGACGCACUACUUCUGAGAAGACGCACUUCAUAAAAAGCCAGCUAUUUAUUUACCCACUGUUUCACUGACAUGUGGACAGCAAUGGAGCAAAUAAAGUGACUUUUCAUGAGUAA